GCAAGAGCGUGAGGCAAAAAUGAUUGACAGUUGGAAGUCCCGCCUCUUCUCGCUGCACCAGCGCACUUGCAUCGGUCCACGAAUUGACUCAGCCGCGGAUCGAGAGUUUCCACGCUUCCAAGUUUUUUGGACGAACCGCUCACCGGAUUCUCAAAUGAAUAGAUCUGAAACCAUUAACCGAGGUUUACCGUGAAGAGAGGAGGAUAAAUACCUGCUUGUUCCUCAAAGCUUGCAAAAUGAAGCUUUGGAGUUGUGUGUUAGCUGUCUUGUAUGCAGGAUCUUCAUACGGGGGGUUCGACGUUCAGGAGCCAUGUGCAGGACGAGACUGCAGGGGAAGGUGUCCGUGUGUCCCUUUAAAGGGUAGCAGGGGGCAGCCAGGGCCACUUGGACCAGUAGGGAGCACCGGUCCUGAGGGAUUCAGCGGUAACCUGGGGCCUCAUGGGCCAAAAGGAGAAACGGGCCAUGCGGGACGCAAAGGGCUCUCUGGACCAAAGGGGGACAAGGGCCCAAUGGGUGUUCCUGGGUUUGCUGGUAAUGACGGUGUUCCUGGACACCCUGGUCAACAGGGGUCCAUUGGACCUCCAGGACUAGACGGGUGUAAUGGCACACAAGGUGACCCGGGUGAUAGGGCCCGUGAUGGAUUUCCUGGUUUACCUGGAUCUCCUGGAUUCCCUGGUCAAAAAGGACAAAAAGGAGAACCGCUAUAUAUAAAUCUUUCACCAUCCCCAAUACUUGUGAAAGGCCUGCCAGGUCCAGUGGGAUUUCCAGGUCUAGCAGGGCCCAGUGGUCCAGAUGGAUUUCCUGGUCUGCCUGGUCCACCUGGUCUUCCAGGACCACCAGGAAGCCCAGGUCAAGGUUACAAAGGGGAGCCGGGAGAAAAGGGAGAUGUGGGCCAGCUCGGUGACCCAGGCCGCUCAUCGGUCAAUGGAGUGGUGGAGUUUGUUGGCUUUCCCAAAGGAGACAAAGGAGUUAAGGGUGAUAAAGGUUAUCAAGGAGAAACAGGCUUUCCAGGGAGUCCAGGAAUACCAAGCCCGUUCACUUUUAGAGGAGAGACUGGGGAAAAGGGAAUUCUGGGAUUGCCAGGAUUGAGGGGUCCUCCUGGUCUGAAUGGAUCUCCUGGGCCUGAAGGCCGAAAAGGUUUCAGUGGCGAUCAAGGUCUUCCAGGCCAACCAGGCUGGUCGGGAGUAAAAGGUGAAAGAGGAGACCCAGGUCCACCUGGACCAUCUUUUGGACAAACAAGUGCAAUUCCAGGUCCUCAGGGUGAUCCUGGGUUUCCUGGUUAUCCUGGGCUAAAUGGAGAUCAAGGUUUUCCAGGGCUUCCAGGUUUGCCUGGUCUUCCCGGAGUGCCUGCCUUUCUCGCAGGUCGUCCAGGCCUUCCUGGGUUCCCUGGGAGUCGUGGACUUAAAGGACAGAAGGGAAACCCAGGUCGGGCCAGCUAUGGCCCUGAAGGUCUUCCUGGAAGUCAGGGGCCUCCUGGUUUCCCAGGACCAUCUGGACCACCUGGUGCACCACCCCCUGUAGGUGAACUCACUUUAGGACAACCGGGACCUACAGGUCGGCCAGGUCCAAGAGGGAUACUUGGAGACAGAGGCAUUAAAGGGUUUAAAGGAGAAAAUGGCGACUGUGAUUGUUUCGGUGGGGGCAACACUGGUGAACAGGGACCUCCGGGGCCUCCAGGGCCCCCGGGUAUUUCAGGACUGAAUGGUGUGAAGGGAGAAGUUGGUGACUCGGGCUUCCCAGGAUCUCGUGGACAACAGGGCCCAGAUGGUCGUGGGGGUGACAGAGGCUUUUCAGGGCGUAAAGGACAGAAAGGUGAAUCCUUUUUCGCUGAAGGCAGAGGACAAAAAGGUGAAAUAGGUCAGCAGGGUCCUGCUGGGCCAGCUGGACAAACUGGCAGGCCUGGAAGGGAUGGAUCUUCUGGUUACCCUGGACCACCAGGCUUACCUGGGGAUCCUGGUUUUGGAGUGACUGGAGAUAAAGGUUUUCCCGGUAUCCCAGGGGCCAAAGGCCGUACUGGUCCUGUUGGAUUUCCCGGUAUUGGUUACCCUGGUGCAGCUGGGUUGAAAGGGUCACAAGGUGAUCCUGGAUUCAAUGGCCUUCCUGGAGUACCUGGACCUCCAGGGACUCGAGGUGACAGCUGUGGGAUGGCGGGGUUUAAUGAUGCCUUUUUGGAAGAGGGAGGAAUAGAACUGCCUUGUAGGAUUCCUGGGGAAUAUGGCGAUCCAGGAUAUCCUGGACGUCCUGGGGCACCAGGGCCAAAGGGUCAGCCUGGCUCUCCAGGAGAGAGAGGACGAAUAGGUUUUGAUGGACUGAAGGGUGAGAGAGGAGACCCAGGCAUUGGAGGUCUGCCUGGUCUUCAGGGUUUUCCCGGACCUAGAGGAGAUGCAGGUUUACCAGGAAUAACAAAUGUUGGCUUACAAGGGUCUCCUGGAAAAAAUGGUUUUCCAGGUCUUCCUGGAGCAAAGGGAGAACCUGGUGUUGUUCUAGGGGCAACCCCCGGAAGCCCAGGUCUUACAGGAAGGCAGGGAGAUCCAGGAGACAAGGGUCAACCUGGCACACCUGGUUUUCCAGGAAGCCCAGGUGCUGAUGGACGCAAUGGCUUUUCUGGUGCAAAGGGUGAGCGAGGUUUGGAUGGAGUACCUGGUCCCCAAGGUCCUGUAGGUCCACCUGGUGAAUAUCCUCCUGGAGGUAUCGCUGGACCUAGGGGCCCAGCUGGACCUAAAGGGAUUUCUGGACCUUCAGGAUUCCCUGGGCAGAAGGGUGCGAGGGGAGAUCCAGGCUUUCCAGGGCCUGGUGGAAUAAAGGGUGCUCCUGGAUAUACUGGUUUUCCAGGUCCACAGGGAUUUAGGGGACCCCCUGGACCCCCUGGUUCUGGAUCACGUCCAGGCAUAUCUGGAAGACCUGGAAUAAAGGGUGAGAAGGGCUCUCCAGGGCUCAUAGGAUUCCCUGGAUUUCCUGGUACUACUGGAUUCCCAGGUAGCCCGGGUAUAAAAGGUCUCCCUGGUUUUAAUGGACAGGAUGGUUCACCUGGUAGACAAGGAGCAAGAGGAAUCAAAGGGGAACGUGGCUCACAGGGUCUCCCGGGAACCGUUCCAGUUCUUCCAUCAGAGUGGCUAAAAAAGGGUGAACCAGGCGACCCAGGAAGCAGUGGAUCGCCUGGUUUUCCAGGACCAAGAGGUGAUAAGGGUUUUAAGGGACAACCUGGGCGCUCAGGCUCUCCAGGAAGACCUGGUACUGCAGACCAAGCGAAAGGUUUUCCUGGCGAGCCUGGAUUCCCGGGUAUUCCUGGUACACCUGGUUUCCCUGGGCCGAAAGGUUCACCUGGUCUUUUGGGGUUUCCUGGCAUGGCUGGCCCGAGGGGUGAUGAUGGUGCACCUGGAUCUCCAGGGUUCCCGGGGACUGCAGGACAGCGUGGUGGCAAAGGUGAAAAGGGUGACACGUAUGCAGUACCUGGGUCUCCUGGAUCCAAAGGUGUUGCUGGAGAGCCUGGUUUUCCAGGACGUCCAGGGCUUCCUGGUGAACGUGGUGAUCCAGGUUACCAAGGACCUUAUGGGUUUCAAGGGCAGAAAGGUCUUCGUGGAGAGCCAGGAGCACCAGGAUUUGGCUCACCAGGUCUCCCAGGCACUAGGGGUUUCCCGGGUUAUCAAGGACAGAGGGGGCGUGAUGGAGAACCGGGCCGCCCUGGAGAUCAAGGUUCACCUGGAGGGAAAGGUUCAUCAGGGCCACCUGGUUUAAAUGGACUCGAUGGUCUUCCUGGAUCCAAGGGGCAGCCUGGAGUACCAGGUGUGAUUGAAGGUGGUCAGCGAGGUCAGCCUGGUUUGCCUGGUCGUAAGGGAGAGAGAGGCCCAUCGCUUCCCGGAGGCCCUGGGAUUCCUGGAGAUAAAGGACCUAAAGGAGAAAGGGGUUUUCCUGGUUCUAGAGGCUACCCUGGAAAUCAAGGCCCUUCUGGUCCACCUAGUCCCUCUAAUAUCCCAGGUCCUUUCGGAGACCCUGGACUUCCAGGAUUAGAUGGACGGGAAGGUCCUGUUGGUCCUCCUGGCCCCCCUGGUCCCCCAGGCUUUGGAACAGUUCAAGGAGAAAGAGGAGAUCCUGGUUAUUCUGGACUAUCAGGCAUACCAGGACCACGUGGAGACGCUGGUAUUCCUGGUUCUCCUGGAAGACCAGGAUCUCCUGGAUUCAAAGGUCAACCAGGUGACCCUGGUAAUAAUGGUAGACCAGGACAACCAGGAUUGCGUGGAGAACCAGGAUAUUAUGGCAGCACAGGACCCAAAGGAUCCAAGGGUUUUACUGGUCCUAAGGGGCUUCCUGGUUUUAUUAUACCACCUACUAACAUAACUGGUAGCAGGCCAAUUGGUGAUCCAGGCUCUCAAGGUCGUACUGGACCUGUUGGUCAGCCAGGACCACCAGGCCGUGCGGGCAGUCCAGGACCCUCAGGUCCCAAAGGUGUUAGGGGGUCAGAGGGUAGACGUGGCCCGGAUGGUCCACCUGGAUCUCCGGGGUUCUCAGGAGACCCUGGGCUUGCAGGAAUCGGAGGACCAACAGGAAACCAAGGCGCCCGUGGCAAGCCAGGCUUACCAGGUCCCCCUGCUACACCGCAACGUAGUGUCAGUAUUGGUUAUACUCUGGUAAAACACAGUCAGUCCAGCUUCGUCCCCAUGUGUCCUCAAGGUAUGGACAAGUUGUGGGAUGGCUACAGUUUGCUUUAUGUGGAAGGACAGGAGAAAGCACACAACCAAGAUCUGGGAUUGGCUGGCUCCUGCCUGCCUUAUUUCAGCACCAUCCCUUUCCUGUAUUGCACAGCCAAUGAAAUUUGUCAUUAUGCCAGCCGCAAUGACAAAUCCUAUUGGUUAUCCACCACGGCACCCAUUCCCAUGAUGCCUGUAGCAGAUCAGCAGAUAUCCCAGUACAUUAGCCGCUGCUCAGUGUGUGAGGCUCCAGCUCAAGCAGUCGCUGUCCAUAGCCAAGAUCUCACCAUACCUACUUGUCCUCAGGGGUGGAGAAGUCUGUGGAUCGGUUACUCAUUCCUUAUGCACACAGCCGCAGGUGCAGAAGGUGGUGGCCAGUCUUUAAUGUCACCCGGUUCUUGUCUGGAGGAUUUCCGUGCCACACCCUUCAUUGAGUGCAACGGUGCCCGUGGCACAUGCCAUUACUUCGCCAACAAGUACAGUUUCUGGCUGACCACCGUGGAACUGAACGAACAGUUCACAGAGGGUCCAUCCCAAGAAACGCUGAAAGGAGAUCAGUAUCGCGCACGAGUCAGCCGCUGUCAGGUCUGCAUGAAGAUCUUGUGAUGAACAGCAGAAAAGUGACUUUUCAAGUAAAGGAGGCAUUCGAGGACAGUAAACAAAGAAAACUGACUGAUAUGAUAAUAUGCCCUUAACCUGAUAUCAAUGGUGCUACCGUACGUUUCAAAUAUGUUGUUGCUUUUUUAUUGUUGGGCAUGUUUACGGCUACCUCGGAGAGUGCUUCCCAAACUCCCAGCGGAUGGAACACAAUAUUCACUAUUUUUCAAAAGUAUUCAUUUAAAAAGGUCUUUAUUUAGCCGGUUGCUUCAGCAUUUCAGUUACAACAUAUGGCUCCAGUAGCCUAUAAAGGUGCUACUUAAACAUUGAUGUUAACCAGACCCUCUUGUUUACUGUUGACCAAAUGGACAAACCAGCACUUUGUAAUCCAUAUGAAUGAGAGAAAUUUGCCUCGUGAGUAUCACUUGAAAUGUCCGAUUUAUCUAACCCCAAAAAUAUGUAUCCUAUAUGAAUUGCACUGAAAUUAAUAUCUGGAAAAUAUGUAAAAUUCUUACACAAGACCACAUGCAACUGAUCUAAGUAAAUUCACAUAGUCCUUCAGUUGGUUAUAAGUGAUUAUUUUAAGACAUUUGACAGGUUAGGUGUGCGUUUUACUGAAAAAUAAUCAACACCCAUGCAACAUUUCUCAAUCAAUCAGAAUAAAGCAUUCAACAGGCCGUGCUAUAUAAAGAAAUGUAAUGCAUAUCAAAACUUCUUUCUGAAUGCCAAAAUGAUUAUUUUUAUAUAUUGUAUUCAAAUAGCCUUUUAAUAAAAAAUGUCUAAUUCAUUGUGUGCAUUGGAGGUGAUGUAUACAGUAAUUUUGAGUUAACCAGUCUCUUAGAGAGAUUGUUUGAUAUUUAACCACUAUGGCCACUAAACCUUUCGGUAGCCAUGAGUACACUUUUUUUUAUUCUGUUGCAUUGUUUGUUGUGCCUAUGUGGAAGUGGUUAGAUUACAUUUCAUUUACUUCAUCCCUCAUUUACAUUAAGCAAAGAAACAUGGCUGAUUUGUACAUGAAUUAAUAUGAAAAGAUUUAACCUGUUUUUUUUUGUUAUUGUUAUUUUCUUAAAUAAACUUUGUACAUUUGUAAUUGGCUUUCAAGAAAUAGACAAAUAGCAUUUAUUGUUUUUUCUGUUUUGAUGUAUAAUUUCACAGUCUGAUAAAAUUACUAAGCAAACAUUUUUAUAAAUAAAUUUAGACCGUUAAAAUGAGAGUACGAUUAUUUACAAUAUAUCAAAUAGUGUUGUAAAUGUUUGAUCUUAUGCUCACAGACUGAUGCAUCUAUGAAACAAUAAAAGUGGGACAUAACAUAAAA